UUCUUUGUGCAAUUUCUUCGGGUCGCUCGUGUAAAAUCCCGUUAUUUCGCUUUCGUAAUUCGUUUAACAAAGGCUGUAACAAUUUGCGACGGUGGAGUGAUUUGUGUUGAUCACGACACGGGACGCUGGCGACUGCGUGUGGUUCAGUAACACCGUGUUAAAAUAAAAUAUUGUGAUACUAUUUUAUCGAUUCACCUUCUUCAACAUAUUGUUUUUAUGCUGUUUAUUUAUUAGUGCUGCUCGGUGACCCGGGAGCCAGCAGCAGAAUUUUUGUGUGGAAGUGCAACUCAAGACUGAGCCGUGUCUUGGGGAAAAAUAAACCCGGGCACUACGGUGGCCCCAGAAACACCCGCACCAGCACCCCAACCACCAGAUGCUGUUGCAGGGGUGCUGGAGAUGACGGGCACGGAUAAUAUCCGCUUUAGCGGUCACACUCUAGACAAGGCCACUAAAGCAAAAGUCACGCUAGAGAACUUCUAUACGAAUCUCAUUUCACAGCACUAUGAGAGAAAGCAAAGACUGGAGAAGCUGGAGGAGUCUCUUAAAGAUGAGAGUCUCACAGAGAGCCAGAAGCAGGAGAAGCGCCAGCAACACGCUCAAAAGGAGACGGAGUUCCUUAGGCUCAAGCGUUCUAGACUUGGGGUUGAGGACUUUGAGCCUUUGAAGGUGAUAGGUAGAGGGGCGUUUGGCGAAGUGCGGCUAGUGCAGAAGAAGGAUACGGGACAUGUGUACGCUAUGAAAAUACUCAGGAAGGCGGAUAUGCUGGAAAAAGAACAAGUAGCCCACGUCCGAGCAGAAAGAGACAUCCUCGUAGAAGCGGACCACCAAUGGGUCGUGAAGAUGUACUACAGUUUUCAAGACCCCAUGAACCUGUACCUCAUCAUGGAGUUCCUCCCUGGAGGUGACAUGAUGACGCUCCUCAUGAAAAAGGACACCCUGAGCGAAGAAUGCGCGCAGUUCUAUGUCGCUGAAACGGCGCUGGCGAUCGAUAGUAUACAUAAACUUGGAUUCAUACAUAGGGACAUAAAACCAGACAACCUCCUACUAGACGCGCGCGGGCACAUCAAGUUAAGCGACUUCGGCCUUUGCACGGGCCUCAAGAAGAGCCAUCGUACCGACUUCUACAGAGAUCUCUCCAGAGCGACACCUUCGGAUUUCAUCUAUUUCCCAGUAUCGACGUCCUCCUCGGCGAUGGACUCCAAGCGGCGGGCAGAGUCGUGGAAGAGGAACAGGCGUGCGCUAGCGUACUCUACAGUGGGCACACCGGAUUAUAUAGCGCCUGAAGUGUUCCUGCAGACGGGAUAUGGACCGCAGGCCGAUUGGUGGAGCUUGGGCGUUAUUAUGUACGAAAUGUUAAUCGGAUAUCCGCCAUUUUGUUCCGAGUCACCGCAGGAAACCUACAGAAAGGUGAUGUCCUGGCGGGAGUCGCUAACGUUCCCGCCGGAGAUACCGAUCAGCGAAGAGGCUAGAGAGACGAUACUGCGCUUCUGCUCUGAACCCGAUCGGAGGCUAGGCUCCCAGCGCGGUAUAGAGGACGUCAAAUCGGUGUCCUUCUUCCGCGGCGUAGACUGGAACCACGUACGCGAACGACCAGCCGCCAUCUCGGUGGACGUCCGGUCCAUAGACGACACGUCCAACUUCGACGACUUCCCAGAUGUCAAGCUUGAGAUACCAUCAGCGCCCAUCACCCAAGACGGCGAGGUCGCGUACAAGGACUGGGUGUUCAUCAACUACACGUUCAAGCGCUUCGAGGGGCUCACACAACGAGGCACGCCCACAAAGAAGUGAUGACACACACACUGAGCUUAUUCCCAGAAAAAUAUAUAUCUUUUCCACCCCAGAAAAAAUGUCCGUCAACUUUUCUUGGACCUCCCAGAAAAAUAUUGCCUAAACUUUCCAUUGGACCUCCCAGAUAAAAAUGUCCCUAAACUUUUUUACCCCAGAAAAUAAUAUGUCCCAGAACUUUUUCCCUUGGACUUGGAAUGUCCCCAAAACUUCGCCACUAACGUGCACACGAACUUACAUACUCAUAGCAGUUCCUUAAGCGAUUUCACUAGGAAACUUCUAGACGUAAACCUACAUAUAAGUAACGUGUUUGUGUAUUGAGAAAAGUAAGGUAUGGAUUUCUAUGAACCGUCUUCGGAAUACUAGUUAUAUUUUUCUGGUCAGUCUGGUCUAUGUAUGUUCGGUUUUGUUGGAUGUAUUGAACAAUUCUAUAGUACAUUUAUUUAAUAUU